GGAGAGUGGAACAGUAUUUGGUUUGUGGAAAAAAUGGAAGAUUCAAUGGACAUGGAUAACAUCGCUCCACUCCGCCCACAGAAUUUCCUCUUUGGAUGCGAGCUUAAAGCAGACAAAAAAGAAUAUUCAUUUAAAGUCGAAGAUGAUGAAAAUGAGCAUCAGUUGUCCUUGAGAACAGUUAGUUUGGGUGCUUCUGCUAAAGAUGAACUUCAUGUUGUUGAGGCUGAAGGAAUAAAUUAUGAGGGUAAAACCAUUAAAAUUGCCCUUGCCUCACUGAAGCCGUCUGUGCAACCAACGGUAUCUCUAGGAGGGUUUGAGAUAACACCACCAGUAAUUUUGCGGUUGAAAUCUGGUUCAGGACCAGUAUAUGUCAGUGGGCAACAUCUUGUGGCUUUAGAAGAUCUUGAAUCCUCUGAUGAUGAAGAUGAGGAACAUGAACCCAGUCCAAAAAAUGCAAAAAGGAUAGCACCUGAUUCAGCAUCAAAAGUUCCUCGGAAAAAAACACGUCUAGAAGAAGAGGAAGAAGAUUCAGACGAGGAUGAGGAUGAUGAUGACGAGGAUGAUGAUGAUGAAGAUGAUGAUGAAGAGGAGGAAGAAACACCUGUUAAAAAGACUGACUCUACAAAAUCGAAGGCAGCUCAAAAGUUGAAUCACAAUGGGAAGGCUUCUGCAUUGUCCACAACACAAAAGACUCCAAAAACUCCAGAGCAGAAAGGAAAACAAGAUACAAAGCCUCAAACACCAAAGACACCAAAAACUCCUUUGUCUUCUGAGGAAAUAAAAGCAAAGAUGCAAACUUAUUUAGAAAAGGGUAAUGUUCUUCCUAAAGUGGAAGUAAAGUUUGCAAACUAUGUGAAGAAUUGCUUCAGGACUGAAAAUCAGAAGGUAAUUGAAGAUCUUUGGAAAUGGAGACAAUCCCUGAAAGAUGGAAAAUAAACCUGCCUCCUGUUUAAAUGUUAAUUUGUUGGUUUUUUUUUUUUAAAUGUUUAUCUUGGGCCAAGUGUUUUGAAAUGUAAGACUAAACUGCAUGCUUUAUGAAAAUAAAAUUUGUUCUUACAUA